AUGCGGAAACUCAUCGACGUACCGACAAAAGUCAUAAACAUAUAUAAUAUAUAUAAUUGGAACCACCUAAAGUCCCGGGACCCCGAGAGGACACCCUACCAGUGGGACGCUACGACGAGCGCUGGGUUUUCGACGUCUACCAAGACUUGGUUGCCGGUCCACGACAACUACAAGACUCUAAACUUGGCGGCGCAGAAGAAGGACGCAGUGUCGCACUACAAGUUGUUCCAGGCGACGACGAAGCUCAAGAAGACGCCAGUCAUUCAGAAGGGCAGGACCGAAGUGCUACUGGCUGGAGAGAAUGUCCUGGCUGUGGUCAGGCGGUUGAGCGGACAAGGGACCGUCACGCUUUUGAUUAAUUUCAGCGACAAGCCCGUGAAGGUUGACGCGAAAGGUUGGCUCAACAUCCCGAUGAAGGCGCAGAUUUACGCGGCUAGCGUCAAGUCAGGACUGAAAGCCGGGGCUCAAGUCAAGGUGGACGACGUGACCCUUCCUGGAGCUUGUACGAAUGCCCAAGCAGAUAAGAAAGCACGGAUGCCUUGUCUCACGCGAGCCUAA